UUAAAGUCUUUUAAAUUUUAAAGGAAAAUUUACAGCUCAGAAUCUGUUAACAUCAUGAUCCGUCCAUUGCUGUUUUUUUCUUACAGUUAAAACUAUUGUUUUAUCUUCAGUUGCUUUCUUUGGCUGGAAAAAUUUAACCUCUAACCAUAAACACUUAUAAUCUGCCAGCAAUCAGAAACUAAAUCAACUUCUUUCAUAUAUAAAUUGCGAAUGAAAUUCAAAAUAAUCAUAAUCAAAAACAAAAGAAACAUACAUAAAACAAAAUGGCAAGAUCUAUAUGUUUGUGUAUCUUCUUAUUGUUCAUUACUUGGAUUCCAAUUCUAUCCACAAGCUUUCCGCUCUCCACAAAAACUCGAUGGAUCGUGGACGAGAAAGGCCAAAGGGUAAAGCUAGCCUGUGUGAACUGGCCAGCUCAUCUCCAGCCCGCUGUGGCUGAAGGGCUAAGCAAACAACCAUUAGACUCCAUCUCCAAGAAGAUUGUUUCAAUGGGAUUUAACUGUGUUAGACUCACUUGGCCUCUUGAUUUGAUGACUAAUGACACAUUGGCUCGUAAAAUCACGGUCAAGCAGUCUUUUGAAAGCUUGAACUUGUUUGAUGAUGCUCUUGGGAUUCAAAUUCACAAUCCCAAAAUCCUUAAUCUUCCCAUAUUCAAUGCAUUCCAGGAAGUGGUAUCGAACCUUGGACAAAACGGAUUGAUGGUGAUACUAGACAACCACUUGACAUAUCCAGGCUGGUGUUGCAGCGACAACGACCUCGACGCUUUCUUCGGCUACCCUAACUUUGAUCCCGUCAUUUGGGCCAAGGGCUUGGGCAAAAUGGCUACUCUUUUCCGCAAUGUCACUAAUGUCAUUGGCAUGAGCCUUAGGAACGAGCCACGUGGUACUAGAGAUUACCCUGACCUAUGGUUUAGGUUCAUGCCAAAAGGAGCAGAAGCAGUGCACGCCGCAAACCCUGAAGUACUAGUUAUCCUCUCCGGCAUAGACUUCGACACAAACCUCUCUUUCCUCCGUGACCGCUUCUUCAACGUCAGCUUCACCGAUAAACUCGUCUUCGAGCAGCAUUGGUACAGCUUCUCCCACGAGGGAGGCGCGUGGGUAAAACACAACUCCAACGAUAUUUGCGCCAAAAUCAUCGGGGAAGUCAAUCAUAAUGGAGGAUUCUUGCUCGACAGAGGCUUUCCUUUGAUUUUGAGUGAGUUUGGGACCGACGAGAGAGGCGUUGACGUCAGCGGAAACCGGUAUAUGAAUUGUUUGGUGGCUUGGGCCGCUGAGAAGGAUUUGGAUUGGGCGGUUUGGGCAUUAACCGGAGAUUAUUAUUUGAGAACCGGUACAAAACAUAUGGUUGAGACUUAUGGUGUUUUGGAUGCUACUUGGAAAAACGUCAGAAACUCUACUUACUUGCAGAAACUCUCCGGAAUUCAACAUCCAUUUAGAGGACCCGGUUUACAAGAGAAAAAACUUAUUUUGCACCCACAUACUGGCCUAUGUGUCACCAAUAACCACUCAGGCAAUGUACCCACACUUCGACUUGAACUAUGCACUAAAUCCGAGUCAUCGACCUUUAAUCCCAAGGAAGGCAUUCUCUGGAUCAAUAAAAUGUGCGUUGAAACUCCAGAUGUUGCUGGACAAAAGGUGAAGCUUGGAGUUGGCACUAAGUGCUCUAAGUUGGGACAAAUCUCAGCUACUAAGAUGCAUUUGUCGUUUAAGACAAGUAAUGGCUUGUUACUAUGUCUUGAUGUGGAUGAACGUGACAACAGCAUUGUCGCUAACCCUUGCAAGUGUUUGACUAAGGAUGCUUCGUGUGAUCCAGCGAGCCAGUGGUUCAAAGUUCUUUAAAUUCUAUAUAUUUUAUUCUGAUAAAAUGUAUUUGUAAUAAUUUUACGGUCAAACAUGUUAAUCAUUAAAAUUUUUAAUAAAAAAAUCGUGAUUGGACAGAAAUCAUAAGGAAACCAAAGAAAUCAAGUUAGCGUAUACUAUUACUAUUUAUGACGAUGGGAAAAAAUGUCAUCUCCAUCUGUACUACUGCUAUAAAACCUAAACUAGAGGUGGAUCCGCACAUAUAUUUUUUUAUUUGUUUUCGUAAUGUAAUUAAAUGUUUUUACACCAUUAUAUAUUUUAUAUAAUUUACUAUACAAAUGCUGAAAUUUUUUAAUACAAAUAUUGCUGUAACAUAAUUUUUCUAAUAGUCAUGAAUUUAUAAAUAAAAAAGCAAACGUCCAUUUGAUAACACAAAAUUGAAAAAAAAAGAUAAAAAGAAAUAUGGUUUGUUUAUGGUAUGUUUUGAUUUGAACCAAAGAAAUAGGAAAGACUAAGAUUUGCUAGUUUUUUUAUGCUUGACUUUGGGAUCCAAUUAACAUUUUGUACGUACUUCUGUUUGAAAUCGAUAAAGGCUAAGAUUUUGUGAUUAUUCGAGAAUUUGUGAUUGUUCCCAAAAUUGUAGGUGUAAUUGAGUUGUGAUCUUCCAAAUUCCCACACAAAUAAAUUAAAAAUAUAAUAUUUUGGGAGGGGAAUUUAUAUAAAAAAGCAAUGAUAGUACAUAUGAAUUAGCAUAUAAUAAGUUUCUCACUUUGAGAUAUAGAAGUAAGACCUUAUUGAAAUCAAUCCAAGCAUGAGCUCAUAUCUUCUAAGGUGUUGAAUCAUUUAUAAAAUUUACAUAACUUUUCUGUUGAUUCAGGUUAAAUAAAGUAAAAGAAAAUAUUAUUGACAUAUAAACUAUGCUUUAUUGUUGAUAUUGGAAGAGAAAUUAUGUGAUGGUAAAGGAAAUAAUUUUCUACGUGGAGGAGCUAUCGUCGUUUUAGAUAGGAUUGAUCAUUUUAGGAAAACAGUUAAUAGCUGGAAAAUACAAGAAUUUUUUAACGAUAAGUUAAUUAAAUUUUCAGUGGCAUUGGGUUGUAAAUAUUGUGCAACUCUAAAGGUAUUUUUAAUGUGCACUUUUGUUUUAAUAAAGUAGAUUAUAUAAUCCGAAAUGGAAUUCUAACAACCAAUGUUUUUUAAACCGGACCUGCAAGUGAACAUGAAAAGUUUUAGGUCAUGGAUCAAUAUGGUUCAACCGGUUCAAUUUGGUUCAACCAAAUUCAG